GGAAAACGCACGGGAAAACGUCAGGAAAUUUUUCGGUUUUAAACUACCUACUCCUAGGUCUUUGUAGGAAAUAAAAAAUAAUAAGCAUUGCUAAAAAUGAAGAAUUUAAGUUUGUGGGAUAUUUGUACAAAGAAAUAUUCAAUAGAAUCGGGAGAUAAUUUUUGUGCUUGUUACGGUCACAAUGAGGAAUCUGCAACCGGUGAACUUUUUGUGUGUUCAUAUAACCUAGUAGUAAGCAAAUUUGAUAAUAGUGGUGAAAUCAAGUGGACAAAGGAUAUCUCUGAUUGUGUAUCCAGAGAAAAUGCACCUGUAAACAUAACCUAUUUGGGUUUGACCAACUGUUUGAGCGUUGGUCUCGCAAACGGUGAAUUAAUAUCAAUUGACGACUUUGAAGACACCUGCUGUGACUUGGUGGGAACAUGUGAAAAUGGAUUGUUGGCAAUGGAAUGGAGUCCAGAUCAAGAGUUAUUGGUUUUGGUUACUAAGGACUUAAAUGUAAUAUUAAUGUCAUGCACAUAUGACCCUUUGAUUGAGUCUAAUUUAUUAAGCAAUGAGUUUGGUGAAAAACAGUUUAUUACUGUUGGUUGGGGUAAAAAAGAAACUCAAUUCCAUGGCUCAGAGGGGAAAAAAGCUGCAAAAAUAACAGCUGAAAUAGUUGCUGACAAAAAUGGUGAAUCAAACAGCAAAAUAGUGAUUACCUGGAGAGGGGAUGGUAGUUUGUUUGCUGUUGGUUUUACAUCUGAUGGCAUUAGAAGGUUUAAAAUUUUCGAUAGAGAAGGAAAUUUGCAGUAUACAAGUGAAAAGCAACCAGGUCUCGAAGCCAACCUGUCAUGGAGACCCAGUGGAAACAUAAUUGCAACAACACAGAAAUUAACUGACAAGUAUAUUGUUGCAUUCUUUGAAAAAAAUGGCCUCAAACAUGGAGAGUUCACAAUACCUGUGGAACUAACGACUGUUGUUGAAGAUUUGUUCUGGAGUUCUGAUUCAGAUAUAUUAGCUUUAUUAUGCAAAGAUACUGCUACAAACACCCAGAAAGUUCUACUAUUUACAAGUAGUAACUAUCACUGGUACCUAAAGCAAACUCUGUACUUUAGUAAACAACAAGCUGUAGGGAAAAUUAUGUGGGAUAAUGAUUUUAAUGUGGCUAACAAUAAAAAAAUGCAUAUAGUAUUAAAAAAUGGAGAACAUUAUGCCUAUACUUGGAUAUGGAAUAUAGAUCAUAGUAAAGGUAAAAGUGAUUGUGACGAUGCAGCUGUAACUGUUAUAGAUGGGAAGAAAUUAUUAAUUUCAACCUUUAGAUAUACAUCUGUUCCUCCCCCAAUGGCUAAUGUAGAGGUUGAAUUAGACAGUGAUAUUGAAUCGGUUCAUUUUGCACCAGAAAAUGAUUCAGUCUUGAACUCAAAUUCAUUUGUAGUAAAAACUGAUAAAAAAUUAGUUUUUCUGGAGCAAUCUGUUAGAAAUCCUUUAAGGUAUGAAAUAUCUGAAACAAUACCUAUUGAUAAUGUAAGCUUUCCAUUCCACUGUUAUAAUUGGUACUGGUUAGACAGCAAAACAUUAUUAUGCACUUCAGUAGACAAUGAUAGUUCUUAUCAAUUAAUUCAGUACAAAAUAUCAGAUGGCAAAAUAGUUAAAGAAAGUACACAUCCUCUACCAUCAGCUGUAACAAGGAUACAGUGCCAUCCUUCAAUAAAAUCUGCUGUAUUUUUACAGUUGAGUGAUGGAGAAAUCUUAGAGUACAGUUCUGAUGGUAAAAUUAUUCCCCAAGUAUUUUCAUUUCCUGAGCCAUGCCCCCAAUUUUGCGUUCUGAGUGUAGAUAGUGAUGUCUAUUUCUUAGGGCUUUCGUGCAAAGGAUGUCUAUAUAUGAACGAUAAAAAGAUUAUUAAUAAUGUCAGUUCUAUAUUUAUUCAUAGUAGUUUUCUGCUGCUGACAACAUUAAAACAUGUGCUUCUUUGCACUGAACUAACAAGAGCAGGCUUAAGCUGCAUUGAAAUGUAUGAGAAAACUGAAACAUCAGAUGUUUAUAAGAGGAAAAUCGAACGAGGUGCUAAAUUAGUUGUGACUGUUCCAAAAACAACCCGAACUGUGUUUCAAAUGCCAAGAGGAAAUCUAGAAACUAUUGAACCUAGACCCUUAUCACUUAAAAUUAUUGGAGAAUAUCUCGAUCAUUGUAAAUAUUAUGAUGCUUUUGAUUUAAUGAGAAAGCAAAGAAUAAAUCUUAAUUUGAUUUACGAUCACAAUCCUAAACUGUUCACAGAGAGUAUAGGUAUGUUCUUUGAUGCUAUACAGAAUAAUUCGUGGCUAAACCUUUUCUUGGCUGAUCUUGAAAAUAUUGAUGUCACACAGGCUAUGUAUACAAGUAGCUACCCUGGGAGAAAAAAUGUUACUGAUAAAGUACAUGGAAAGAUACAAUAUGUAUGUGAUAUCGUUAUUGCACAUAUAAAUCAAGCAGAUGACUAUGCUUAUAGAAUAUUACCACUUUUGACAGCUUUUGUGAAGAAAAAUGAUUUAGAAAAGGCAUUGGCUGUUAUAAACAGUCUGAAAAAGGAAGAGUUAAGUGAAAAUAAUGUACCAGUUACUUCAGAUGAAGCACUGAAAUAUUUGUUAUACAUGGUCAAUGUGGAUCAACUUUUUGAUGUUGCAUUAGGAAUGUAUGACUUUGACCUUGUGCUACUGGUUGCUAAUAAAUCACAGAAGGAUCCCAAAGAAUAUGUUGCCAUGUUAAACGAGUUGAAUGAAAUGGAUGAAAACUAUAAGAGGUUUACUAUAAAUAAACACUUGAAGAGAUUUGAAAAAGCUGUACAGUGUCUUGCAAAAUGUGGACCAAGCAGACAUGGCGAGCUUAAAACCUUUGUCAAGUAUCACAGUCUUUACAGAGAAGCUUUAGCACUCUUCUCUGUUGAUGAGGACAUAUACAAACAAAUGUCGGACGAUUUCGGACUUUACUUAAAACUAAAGAAGCAAUUUAUUGAAGCUGGUAUAAUUUAUGAGAGAUCAAAGAGUUACGAGAAAGCAAUUGAAUGUUACAGAGAUGCCUUGGAGUGGGAACUAGUAUUAAAGCUAGCUCAGAAUAAACCUAAGGAAGAGUUCAAAGAAAUUUGUUGGGAUCUUGCCAACUCUCUAAAAGAAGAAAAACGAUACAAAGAAGCGUUAACGAUUUUGGAACAACUUAAUGAAGAUCAUGAAGAUAUAAUAAAUUUUGCUAUUGAAUGUGCUCAGUUUAAAACAGCACUGCGAUUUUGUACUAAGUUUAACAAGCAGCAAUUAAUAGAAAAGAGCCUACUACCCUCUUUAUUGGAUGAAUAUACAAAUACAAAGGAAUUAAUAGAAACAAACAGGACAAACUUCAAUAAAUAUAAGGAUCGUCUGCAAGUGGUAAACGAAAUGAAAAGGAAUAAACCUGCUGACCAUUAUGAUACAUUCUAUGCUAAUAAGGACAGUGAUUUAUACUCUGAUGCAGGCAGUACUAUAGCGUCUUCAUCUGGGUCUGGACGAUCGUAUCGUUCAAGUAAAAACAGAAGGAAACACGAACGCAAAGUUGCAUCCCUAAAAGAGGGCUCACAAUAUGAAGACACUGCCCUCGUCAUGGUGCUACACACAUUGGUCACAUCAACGUUUGAAUUGAGGUUGCCUGUCAAGGAAAUCAACAUUGUGCUAUCUUGCCUCAGUAAAGACUUGGAAGCUUUAACACUUCAGUCAAGCCUAGAAAAAACAUUGAAGGAGAUGAAAGAUAGUCUUAAAGAAAUAUGGAGUGACAAAUUCACCUUGGAAGCGACAAAUGCUGCAAUUGCAGCGGCGAAUGUUCCAGAAGGAAGUACAGUGAUCCCUCAAGGAAUGGCCACUCUUGAUGCACAUCUAAGGAUAGCUCCAGUUAUGCAAGAUCUGCAAUGGAAGCUAGAGGGACUUAACUUAUAAUUUAGGUUGCUGUUUAUGUAUUGCACAUGCAUAGUUUUAAUAUAUAUUUUUUCAAUAUAAAAUAUAAAUGUUAC